UUUAGAUCUCUUUCUUCUUUUAAGGAUUAAUCUUCUCUUCUUCUACUCUAGUCCGGAAGCAAUUAAGAUCAAUCUAGCCACAUUUUUAUGUUUCAAUUGAAUACUUUUUAUCUCUUAUUAUUCUCAAAGAAGAAGGUGACAAAUGUUCAUGCUUCAGCAAUACUUUUUGCCAUACAUAGAAAAAAUGUUCAUCGCCUUCUCACGCCCAUAAACCCCAUGAGUCUGAGGGAUCCUGAGCUACCCAUCUUCCACCUCCGACCCACCCAACAAUGUCCGCGUUUCGAAAUGGCACCGGUUCUCCGGCCGGGGCGCCGGCGAGAAGCCUCAGUGAAGUAUCAGAUGUAGAAGCGGUGAGAGUGAGCUUAGAUCUUGUGGGUGCAGCCAGAAGGCAUAUAUCAUUUUUGAGAACUGUGGCCGAGUGUCAAUGGCUCCACCAGAAACCCAACGUUGUCGAAGCCGUAAGAAGGUACGAGGAGCUCUGGAUGCCGUUGAUCUCUGAUUUGAUGAUGGGGUUAUCGCGUCCCUUGGUUCUUCCUCCAAUUGAUAUUCAAUGGGUUUGGUACUGCCACACCUUGAACCCGGUUUAUUACCGGCAAUACUGUGAGUCGAGAUUUUCGAAGCUCAUCGGUAAGCCAGACAUCUUUGAUGAUGAAAACGAAGAUUAUGCGUUGAUGAGAUGCAGGGAAAUUUGGGUUCGGAGAUACCCAUCUGAACCUUUUGAGAAUGAAUUGGAUUCAGACUUCCCAACCCCAAAUUUCACAAACGAAGAUCUUUUAAUUGAAGUCAUGAAGCAGAGGUUUCUGUAUUCAAAAUUUUCGGAGCCGUAUGUGUCUGAGAUUGUAUACCUAAUAGCAGCAAAACAGAGAUACAAGGGAUUUCUGUAUUUGUUGCAGAAAUUUGCAGAUGCGUUUUCUCGUUUAGCGCCUGCUUUAGAUAUUAUAUUGAUGUGGCUGACCCAUCAGAGCUACCCUACAGUAUACGCAGAAGACAUGAAGCAGAUGGAGGGGGAGAUGGGGAAGGUGGUGGGGUUAUGGGAAAGCGUGAAGGAAGAAGAGGUAGAAGAAACCAAGAGGCUGUGGGAAGGAGCAUUUGAUCAGCCUUAUGAGAAAGCAGGAGGGGCGUUCAUUCAUAGGAUCGUUUCAGCAAAGGCACCACUAUACUGGGAGGUGUCUGACUUCGAUGUCAACACUGGAUACAAGUCCAUGGUGCCUAGGUUCCUACUCCCGGUUUGUGUGUACGUAAGGCUUAAUGCAAAGAUGAAGGGAAUGCAAGAGCAUAUAACACGUGAAUUCUUGCGCCUCCGAAUGGUGAGAUGUCACAGGGAACUUAAGAAUGAUAAACUCAUCUCAAACUUCUCAACGGAUUCAUGGCAAAAGGCUUGGCAUCUCUACUGUGAAUUUGGAACCAGAGGAGUCAUGCUUGAGCUCCGUUGCCAGGGUGGCCACUGUUUCAAAGGAAGUAGCUUGCAAGAGACUAUAGUGUUUCUUUGGAAUGACCUACUACGAGCUACUCCUCUGACUCUCGGAAAAGAAGUUGAUCAAAAGGUGAGAGUUGUUGCUUCGAUAACCCCACCAGUUCAGGCAUCUUACUUGUUGAAAUGUGUACCGGAUCGGGUCACGGAUGAUUCAGGGGCCAUGAUAUCAGAUGUUAUUCUAAGAAUGAAUCAGUAUCGGCUUCAAGAAGGCCGGUGGUUGUCUCGCACUGUUUUGGAUCAUGCAGGAAGGGAAUGCUUUGUGGUUCGGAUUCGGGUGGGAGUGGGGUUUUGGAGGAGAGGUGGUGAAAAUCCAUCUGCUAUAAAAUGGCAAGAUCGAAUCAUUGAGAUACGUGAAGGUUCUUGGUCAUAUGUUGCUGGAUCCAUUGGUAGAGCUCCCGAGAAAGUGGUGGGAACAGCAACACCAAAAGAACCAUCUGAACAGUGGAAAGCUUCGUGGAAUUUUUCAACAGGAGACGAGCUGAUGAUCGGUGGGGAAGUAUCAACAUCGAUAUCUGGCCUUGUAUUUCACUUGAAAAAUGAAACGUCUCCAGAUUCACUGGCAAGGUUGUUGAAAGGGCGGAAAAUGCAGUAUCAAGUAUGGAAAACAAAAUCAGGGAGUAAGGAUGAAAGAGACCAAAACAAGGAUGAAGAAGACACAGAAGAAGAUGAGGAAGAAGAGGGCUUUUUGACACUUGUUCGGUACACCGAAGAGAACCCAACUGGGAAGGCAACUGCUCUUUUGAAUUGGAAGCUAUUGCUGGUGGAACUAUUGCCAGAGGAAGAUGCAGUUUUUGCACUUCUUCUGUGCAUUUCGAUUCUCAGAAGCGUAUCAGAGAUGAGAAAAGAGGAUGUGGGAGGCUUGUUGAUUAGGAGAAGAUUGAAGGAAGCAAAACUGGGAGCUAGAGAUUGGGGGUCUGUUGUGCUUCAUCCAUCUUCAUUUUCUUCUUCCAUUUCUUCACCUCAUCUUCAACCUUGGUAUUGGAAUGCUGAGGCAGUGACUGCUGAUGGAACAGAACACAUCAGGAGGCAGCCUGCUUUUAAUUACUCACCAGCAGAAGGUAGUGAUAAGUUGUAUAAGCAUGGAAUUAUCACUUGAGAUAUGUGACAGCAUUUUUGUAACACUAAAUUAUGAAGAGAAAAGGAGGCGAACAUACAGAGAAACAUGCAAGAUAAUUUAAUAUUGGGUUUGCUUCGUGCAUAUGCAUUAUUGGGGCAUAGGCCCUCUUAUCAGUCCA